GGUCAAGGAAAGGGUAUAUGGAAGAACGCAUAUGAGCGUGCAUCUAAUUUAGUCAGCCAGCUGACCCUUGAAGAGAAGGUCAACAUUACACGUGGCUAUGCGGGUGAUAAUACUUGUGCGGGUAACACCGGAUCUAUUCCUCGUCUUAGGUGGCUAGGCUUUUGCCUCCACGAUGCUGGGAAUAGUAUUCGAGCGACAGACCUAGUUAACUCGUACCUGUCGGCUAUAUAUAUAGGCGCAAGCUGGGAUAGAAACUUGACUUACUAA